AUGCCAGUUUUGCGUUUACCCUCAUUACAGAUUGAUCUGUUAUCCCUCAGCGGACACAAAAUCUAUGGACCACAAGGUGUGGGAGCAUUAUACGUUCGGCGCCGACCGCGCGUGCGUUUAGAAGCACAGCAAAGUGGAGGUGGCCAGGAGCGUGGCAUGCGGUCAGGCACACUUCCGACCGCUCUUACUGUGGGUCUCGGUUCUGCAUGCGAACUGGCCGGAAAAGAAAUGCAGGCCGACUAUGAACACGUAUCCGCGCUUAGCAAGCGGUUGCUUGAUGGCAUCAUGUCCCGCGUCAAACACGUUGUGCUCAACGGUGAUCCGAACCUGCGUUAUCCUGGGUGUGUCAACCUAAGCUUUGCUUGUGUUGAGGGCGAAAGUCUCCUCAUGGCGCUGAAGGAUGUGGCUCUUUCUUCUGGCAGUGCUUGCACGUCCGCUUCCCUCGAACCGUCAUACGUGUUACGUGCGAUAGGAGCUGAAGAGGACCUCGCCCAUUCAAGCAUUCGUUUUGGCAUCGGUCGUUUCACUACAGAGGAAGAAGUCGAUUUUACCAUUGAUCAGGUGGUCACUCAUGUCAACCGACUGCGCGAGAUGAGCCCUCUCUGGGAAAUGGUUUUGGAAGGAAUCGAUCUGAAGUCGAUCAAAUGGUCUCAGCACUAGUUCCGAAGUAGCGAUUGUUCUGGCACGUUACUUAUACCCAAGCAGCCCUGUGAAAAGUCUCCAGAUUAUUUUAACAUCAAUAUAUGAUGUUAAAAUAUUGAUGUUUUUUUAACAUCAAUAUAUUGCGGUACAAUAGCGGAGGUGUUUCACCACCUCUAGCUGACAUGUAUAAUGAUGAUGAUGAUGAACAUCAAUAUAUCUUCAACUGCCA